GUGUGUAGGCUUAGACAUUAGUAUCAGUUGCCUACGAUUAGCGUUGUGAGUUGCGUGGAUUAAUUUUUCUUAUACGAACGAGUAAGACGGGUCGGUAAUUUAGAAUGAAAUUGUACGUUUGUGUCUUGGUUGCCAUGUUGGCAAUGGCAGCACCUGCCCAAGCCCUUUUGGGUGCCAAAUUGGCUUUAUUGGGAGCUUUAAAGAAUGGUAUUGGUGGUGGCAGUGGUGGUAAUAGUUACGGUAAUGGUGGUGGUUACGCCAAUGGCGGUGGUUAUGGUGGAGGUUAUGGUGGUGGUUAUGGUGGUGGUUAUGGUGGCGGUUAUGGCAAGGCUG